AUGGUAAAACUUCUCUCUAAUAGAUGUGAAUAUUUUUUGUCCUAUGCUUUCAAGAAUAUCAAUGUUAGAUCGCCAAGACAGCCAAAAAAAUUAAGAAGAUCCGCUGAUAUUUUCAGCCAACCUUAUUUGCAAACUGAAGUGAAACCAUAUAAAUACAAAUUGAAGGUUCCUUCUCCGAUAAUAAUGACUGAUAUUAGUACCGCUACGAAGAAGGACGAAAAUGCGUCUACUACCAUGAAAGGCCCUUAUCGAAGCUUUUAUCCCAUUGACUUGAUUCGCAAGGAAAAGGUAGGGCAACUUUCAGUCAUCGACGGUAUAUUAUCAAUAACAGUUGCACUGGUGACAUUAUACAUAGGGAUUCGAAAUAUAGAGAAGGAAGUGCCUCUCUUUCCAAAAGAACAAGAUAUAUUUGCCUCGGUGGAAUACUAUCAGAAAGAUAAGUUUAUUCUAAACUCAUUCCCACCAUUGGGAAUCCAAUUGUAUUCACUUCUACCAGUUGGUUCAUACUCUGCUAUGAGAUUAAUGUCUUUGAGUGCCAGUUCCUUCUCUUUAUUGUUUUUAUACCUGGCAUUUCGAAGAGUAAAUGUUCCUUACCUUAUAGCACUGGUAUCAACAGUAUGUAUCCUUUCCAUACCAUUAUUCCGUAAAGAAAGUACAAGAAUCUCAUUGGAUACAUUGCAGUGGUUUUGGUUAUCGAUCUCUAUUUACUCAUGGGCAAGUUUGAAAUGUUUCUCUCAUUUCUCCAUUAAAUGGACUAUCCAUUCAUUGAUUUUUGCAAUGUCGAUUGGAUGCAGCAUGGCAACUAAAUACAUUGGGUUCGCCACCUGGGGUUGGGCAAUACUAAUCUCAUCUAUUUAUUUCUGGCAAAUGAUUGGUGACGUUAGAUUAUCAACAAGUCAUAUCGUUAAACACACAACCUUUCAAAUAUUUUGCCUUCUGGUUAUACCAAUGACAAUAUUCGCCACAACUUUAUAUUUACAAAUCAAUCAUUCUCGUAUCGAUUCUCCCGAAUAUUCACAAUACAUGUCGUCGUAUUACAAGAUAUUUUUAAGAUCCAAAUCACCAAUCUUGCAACCCAUGGAAAUAACCAAUGGAUCCAUCAUCACAAUACGUCAUUUGAACUCGCUAGGAGGAUAUUUAACUUCUCCAGCAAAUGAAUCAUAUCCAGAAGGAUCUGCUGAACAAAUAGUUUCAUUAACUGAUAUGGAGUCUAAUGUUGACAAUCAAUGGAUACUUGAAUAUGUAGAUGAUUAUAACAAGGGUCCCCUAAUUGACUCUCAAAGAAUUAAAUUGAGACAUCGCACUACUGGGAAAUUAUUAAGAGCAUCUUCAGCUAAACCACCUGUAAGUGAACAAGAAUAUAAUUCAGAGGUCUCCUGUACAGGAGAUUGGGAUUAUCAUGGUGAUAGUGACGAAUUCUGGAAAAUUGAUCUGGUCGAAGGUUCAUUAAUACCAUGUUGGAAUAUUAUGGAGUUGGAUAAUGUGGGCCAAAUGUGUACAUUGAUUAGUCAUGAUACUAGAUUACCUGAUUGGGGCGAAUUUGAACAGGAAGUGUUUUGCAUUCAAUCACCUGAUCCCCAAAGAGCCAAGUUUCAAAUCGAAUUUGUGGAUAAUGACGAAAUUAAGAAUCCUAUUACACUUGCUGGUUUACCAGGAUAUGGCAAUUAUUCAAGGUGUUAUCAGUACAUUAAAUUAGCAGCGGAGUUAAUACAAAGGGAAUUUAAAUAUGAUUAUAUGGUUAAAUUACAAAAUGAUAACGAUGAGAAUGAUAAGGUACAUAUCAAUAAGGAAAAAUGGCCGAUUUAUAUCACAGGUAAUGAUACGACUGAUCUCAUAUGGUUAACUUCAAGCAUUGCUGUUGUGAUCGUUGCCUGUAGGUUUGGUUUACAAGUAAUGAACUGGAAUCCAUGGAAGAUCGAUAAUGGGGAUUCAUCAUCACAUUUGAAUAUGAAAAUUUAUCACGAAUUUGCCAUUGAAAGUCUAUUAGGUUGGUUUGUUCAUUAUUACAUUUUUUUAAAGAGUUCAAACGAUCAUCUUGAGAUUGUGUUAUACUUGCCGAGCUUCGUUUUUGCACAUUUACUUGCCACCGAAACUGUUACUGCAAUAGGUCAAUGGAGCCAGUGGAAAUGUGCUAUCAUACUCCUAGUCUAUAUUGUCACAAUAAAAUGUACUAUUUUAUAG